AUGGGCAAGAAUGAGAAGGUGGUGAAAUCAGCAAGAGCAGAAGAAGUUUCGUCGUCCGAGGAAGAAGAAGGAAUGGCGAAAACGUUAAUCAAAGAAGUGAACACUGACGAUGAUGAAGAGGCAAAUGAAGACCUCAGUUUGAAAAUCGUUCAAAGAGCCAUGCAACGAGCAUGUAAUGGAGAUCCCCAAAAAGACGGGGUUUCCGAAAUUGUUACGAAUUUAAAGGACGAGAAAAAGAAAAAGGAAAAAACGGAGAAGAAAAAGAAAAAGAAGAGCAAGGAAAUGGUAGCCCCUCCAGAAGAUGCCGAUUCAGGUGAACUAGAUGCUGGUUUCAAAAACUUUUGCGGCGAAUUGUUCCUGGAGGAAAAUGCAAAGGAUGAAGAGAAGUCUGGGACUGAGAAAGCUACUGAGAUUUCUUAUAAAGCAGUUGAAGCGAAUCCUGUUGAGAUGCCAGAUAAUGCUGUCCUGAGGAAGCUUCUUAGGGGGCCUAGGUACUUUGAUCCUCCGGACAGUUGGGGAACAUGCUAUAAUUGUGGUGAAGAGGGUCAUACAACUGUCAACUGUACUUCAGCAAAGCGCAAGAAGCCUUGCUUUGUUUGUGGAAGUUUAGAACAUAAUGCCAAGCAUUGUUCCAAGGGACAAGAUUGCUACAUCUGCAAACAAAAGGGUCAUCGUGCAAAAGAUUGCCCUGAGAAAGGCAGAGUGGAGUCAUGGAGUUCUAAGAUGUGUUUAAAAUGUGGGGAGUCUGGACAUGAUAUGUUUUCAUGCAGGAACGACUAUUCUCCUGAUGACCUCAAGGAAAUGCAGUGUUACAUUUGCCAAAAGAUUGGACAUCUGUGUUGUGUAAACUAUGCUGAUCCCACACCAAGAGAGGUCUCCUGUUAUCGAUGUGGUCUCUUGGGCCAUACUGGUUUGUCUUGUACAGGGUCCCGUAGGGAUACAACUACUGGAUCAGAUAAUUCAUGCUACAGGUGUGGGGAAGUGGGGCAUUUUGCUCGUGAAUGCACCAUCUCAGCAAGAGCUGUCAAGAGAAAUCGGGAAUUAUCAACCCCCAAGCAGAAAUCUUCCAAGAAAAAUAGAGAUCACAAGGAAUUUAAGUCUGCGCCUCAUGAUCUUGGCAAGAGUUAUAAAAGAACCCAAUAUGAAGGGGGAUACGCAUCAGCUUCAAAAGCGAAACACAGAGGUGGUUGGAUCACUGAAGACCCUGGAGACUAUCAUAACAAUAGAUACAAAGACAAUAAUUGGAGAUCUCCUGCAACACCGAGUAGCAAAAGAUCUAAGACAUUUAAUUCAACUGGUGAUAUUGCUUCAAGUUCUCAUUCUUCAAAUAAACCCCGUAAGCUUCAUUUUAGUAAUUCAGCUUCAAAUGGGUCGGCCAAAUUUUAUCAGCAGCAGAGGUUUUCUGGCUCACGUUUUGGCAACAGCAGUUAUGAUGACACGAGAAGAGAUUAUGGUUGGUGA